GCGUCUACUUCUUGAAUUAAUUAUAUGGCACUCAGGUGCUACAACAUUAAUUAUAAAAAAAAAGUGGGAUUUGUCGUUUGUCGUGUGUGUGUCUGUGUAGUAGUCAGUGUAAUAGAGAAAAAAAAAGCGCGUUAAAUUUCUUGACGGUGAAUUCAAGACAGAAAACGAAGAGAAGAAAAGAAAAAGUGUCGAAACAACAUAAAGAGAGUGAAUAAGAAGAUUAAAUUAGUUAUCAACAAGUACCUGUUGGAUUAAAAAUCAGGACAUGUUUGAUGUUCAUAGGCUCGUGGUUGACCAUCAGCAAUCUUCUUGUUCCUCGUGGUAUGGACUCAGAAGAAUUAUAAAUUUGAAAGGAAUACAUAUAAAAUAAAACGAUAUGCUCACAAUAUGAAUGUAAAAUAUUGAAUUUGCAUUUAAAAUUUAAUUAUUAGAAAGAAAAGAACCAUGGAUAAAGGAAAUGGAGCUGGUUUUGGUGGUAGUAACAAUCCACAAGAAUGUUGGGAAGUUUACAAGAAAGUGAUGGAAGAAACAAAGAUUUUAGAUGAUUAUCUUGAAGAAGAAUGCAGUCCUCGAAGUUACGAUGAAGGUGAAGAGGAAGCAGAAUGGUUGAGAGCAGCAGGUUUAGGAGAAUUAACCGAACCUUGGAAAGCUGGUAGAGAAAUUCAACCAGAAGAGUUAGGAGCAGUUUUGAGACCAUUGUCACGUGCACAAGCAGAAGCUGUAAAACGACGUGUACGAUCACUCAAUCAUACAGUAAAGCAACGUUUCAAUCAGAGGCAACGUGUUCGAAAACCCGACAUUAGAGAUGUUUUUAAAGAUGCAGAGGUUUCCAGUACAGGUACAAGAUCUCGAAGUGCUACUCCUGACUCUCUUGAUUCUGUUUCAGGAGAAACUCCUGAAGGAAUUUCUCCACCGUCUCCUCCAAACGUUGGGGUUAUUGAUACUCAUCAUGAAAAUGUAAAUGUUCCGAGCUUUGUAUCCAUAUUUCAUCGAAAUCUUCACGAUGGCAAAGAAGCUGGACGUAGAAUUACAAAUGUUUCGUCAUCGACAUCAGUUGCAGCGCCAACUCCAGUUCCAUUUCAAGAAAUUUUCCGAAGAUCUGGACACUGGGCUCAACGUGGAGAUGUUGCCAGUGAUUCAGAAGGAAUUCAAUUAACCGCAUAUCAAAGACUAGGAACGAUACACAUACCAAGAUCAGUGUUACCAAGGCGAAGUGGUAGUGAUCUUGGAGAAGUUACCGGUGUGGAAUCCACGGCAGUUGAAAAAUUAUCAGUUCCAAAGGAAUCAACGCUUAAGAGGAAUUCAGGAGGCCACGCAACAGUUACCCGAAGUCACAGUAGUUUAUACGGAAUGUCGCGGCCAAGUCGUGAUGAAAGUGUUACUGCAAAACCCUUAAAUCGUACAUCAUCACAUGGUCAUCUUAGUUUUGAAGAAAUGUGCAAGGCAAAUGAAACAAAAUCAAAAGUUUGGUCUGAAAAUACAUUUAUCACCGAUGAAAAUUGUGAGGGUCUUGGUAUUGAAUUAUUAUCGCAACGUGAAUUAACUCGACUACAAUCAUUACUAUGGCUUGAUUUAACUGCCGUUUAUGAUAAAUACAAUGUUCCUCUUACCAAACGGAAACCAAAUAAACGCAUACCAAAAGCUGGUAAUCUUUUUGGUGUUUCGUUAUCGACGUUACUUUUGCGUGAUACUCAAAUAACAAGUGAAGAAAAUAAUAUUCCAUUAGUGUUUCAAAAAAUUUUAUCCGAAUUAACGAAACGUGGUGUUAAAGAAGAAGGUAUUCUUCGUGUUGGUGGCCAUAAACAAAAAGUCGAAACUUUGUGUUCAGAAUUGGAAAAUGAUUUCUAUUGUAAACCAAACGAAAUGGAUUCACUUUUUAAGCGUACGCCGUGCAAUGAUUUAUCAGUUGUUUUAAAGAAACUUUUACGUGAUUUGCCUCAACCUCUUCUCACCGUUGAACUCAUUGAUGCUUUUUAUCAAAGUCACGGUGUGAAAAAUCCAAGUGAUCUCGCUUUAUCAUUAAAUCUUUUGGUGCUAUUACUACCAGUUGAACAUCGAUGUACAUUAAAGGCAUUAUUGCAAUUUUUAAUGCUCGUCGUUGAGAAUCAAAACUCAAAUAAAAUGUCAAUUCAUAAUGUUGCUAUGAUUGUGGCACCAUCGCUAUUUCCACCUCGCUACAUUUAUCCACGUGAUCGAACGGAUUUAAGUGCUCAAGUAAAUAUGGCAGCGGUUUGUUGUCAAAUAACGGAAGCUCUAUUAAAUAAUGUCGAUAGAUUGUGGUUUGUACCCAGCGAUUUAAUAAGACAACUAAGAAGAACGGAAGAAGAUCGGUAUCGUAAGUACAAAUACAACAAAUUUAAAUAUUAAUUAAUUUUCCCCAUGUGAAAUUUUUUAUUUUAAGAAUUCACGAAGAGUUUUUUUUUUUUUGUUACUAACUCUAAAAUAAUUUUACAAAAUUCAUUAUCUUUUUUAAUUCUCAUCUUUUUUUUUUUAAUUUCGAAAAGAUCGAACCUCAUUUUUUUCGUACAUUUGUCUCGAAUUUUUAUUUUUAUUAAAAAAAAACAUUCCUUUUGAUAAAAAAAAAUUUUUUUGAAGCAUUUAUGUCUCUGUAUAAAUUGUUUUUUUUUAUAUAUACAUAUAUAUAUAUAUAUAUAAAGUUCACUAAAAGUGGCUCGUUUUAUCAUUUAUAAAUAGAAAAAAAAUUCAUUCUAAAAACGAAUUGAAUUACGACUUAAAAAUUAAUUGUCUACUUAAUAUAAUUCUAUUUGUAUUUGUAUUUUUUUUUUAAAUUUUAGUAUAUAGUUAUUCGUUUAAAAAAAAGAUCGUAAUUCAGUGAUCUAAAAAAUGUGCUAUAUAUUAAUUUUUUUUAAGUUGUAACACUAAUAUUUAUUAUUUUUUUCCCCCCUUACAUCGACUAAUAAAAAAUCAUUUCGUUUAUAAUAUGAAAUGCUGCUCAACAAAUAAUAGCGCAUUAGGAAUAUUAAUAUGUUAAGUAAAAAGCAUUUUCAAAAAGGUGCCUUGGCAUUUAAAAUAUGCCCAAACUUUUUUUUUU